CUGUGGAUGUGUCUGGCUGCAGGGAUUGCAACAUCGAACAUUCAGUUGCCACCACUCAGAUAUGAUCUCAGCAAUUUCUCACUGCCAGGUUUAGAGGAGCAGACACUACAUACACCACAGGAGGAGAAAUACACCUUUAGAAUUUCCCCAAAAUAAGAAAUUCCCAUGACAACAGUUCAAUUGGAAAAUUCUUUAAUUCCUACUCCAUAAUCUCCAUAUCAGCAGUGCAUCACUGAUGGGGGAUCUGAGGCAGAAGAUGGGGGUCAUGUCACAGACAAUAUGCCCACGUUCACGGGCUCCUUCUGAUGAGGACUUAAAGGCCCCACAUGCAGUCAAAGAAGAGAAGAUGCACAUGAGGAGAGAAAUCUCUCUCGUCAAUGGGAUCUGCCUCAUCGUGGGCAACAUGAUCGGCUCUGGGAUCUUUAUCUCACCUAAGGGCGUGCUCAUGCACAGUGGCUCAUACGGACUGUCGCUGCUGAUCUGGGCCCUCGGAGGUAUCUUCUCAGUGUUCGGGGCUCUGUGCUACGCAGAGCUCGGCACCACCAUCACCAAGUCCGGAGCCAGCUACGCCUACAUCCUGGAGUCUUUCGGUGGGUUCCCGGCCUUCAUCCGCCUGUGGACGUCCAUCCUGCUGAUCGAGCCUGCCAGCCAGGCCGUGAUUUCACUCACCUUCGCCAACUACCUGGUGGAGGCUUUCUACCCAACCUGCCAGGCGCCGUACCAUGCUAUCCGCCUCAUAGCAGCAGCCUGCCUCUGUAUGCUCAUUUUUGUCAACUGUGCCUAUGUGAAGUGGGGGACUCUGAUCCAGGACAUCUUCACUUACGCCAAACUCAUGGCACUCAUUCUCAUCAUCAUUGUAGGAAUCCUGAAACUAUCCGCUGGAGAAACAAAAAGCUUCGAGAGUCCUUUUGAGGGCUCCUCCACAGAUCCUGGAGCGAUAGCUUUGGCCCUCUACUCGGCUCUGUUCUCCUACUCCGGCUGGGACACACUGAACUUUGUGACUGAGGAAAUUCAGAAUCCAGAGAGAAAUCUGCCCCUGGCCAUUGCCAUCUCCAUGCCCAUCGUGACCAUCAUCUACCUGCUGACCAACGUGGCAUACUACGUGGUCCUGGACAUGCCAUCUCUGCUGUCCAGUGACGCCGUUGCUGUGACCUUUGGGAUUGCAGCACUGGGGCCAUUCAAGUGGAUCAUCCCUGUGUCAGUGGCCAUGUCCUGCUACGGAGGACUCAAUGCUUCUAUUAUCGCUGCCUCGAGGUUGUUUUUCGUUGGAGCCAGAGAAGGCCACCUCCCCAACAGUCUGAGUCUGAUCCACCUGGAGCGUUACACUCCCAUACCUGCGCUGCUCUUCAAUGGGUUGAUGGGCCUGAUCUUUCUGUGUGUGGAGGACGUGUUCCAGCUCAUCAACUACUUCAGCUUCAGUUACUGGCUCUAUGUGGGUCUGUCUGUGGCCGGCCUCAUCUACCUGCGCAUCACUCAGCCUAACCGAUACAGGCCCGUCAAGUUGAGCCUGUUCUUCCCCUUCAUCUACUGCCUGUGCAGCCUGUUCUUAGUCAUUGUUCCUCUGUACGGAGACACCAUCAACUCUCUCAUAGGGAUUGGCAUUGCGCUCUCUGGUGUGCCAGUUUACUAUGUGGCCAUUUACCUGCCUGAGGACAAGAGGCCCAAGUUCAUACAGAAAUUAAAUGCUUUUGCCACCAGAUGCACCCAGACUCUUCUCUACUGCUGCCUGACAGAAGUCAACACGGAGACAGAAACACAAGCAGGCACUAAAACGCAGUGAAAUGCGGUCGAACACUACCGGAGGCCUCUGUCCUGAACGACGAGGCCCACGAUGGACAGCACAGCCUGGCCUGGACUCAUGGCGUUUGUGUGCCAGGUCAUGCUAAAAAGAAAUAAAAAAAGAGGAGCCCUGACAUCUCAAAUGACUCACCACGAGGAGCGAGCACUUGAGAGACUGCAGACUCACUUUCCUCUGCGAAUGUGACACACUUCUCUUCAGACAACGAGGAGUAUUUCCGACGAGGAUUCAAUAAAAGUUCAAGCUGACAUUUCAUUUAGUGUUAAGAUAUAAUAUGACUAGUCUCUUUCAAGAAUUCAUCAUAUACUACUCAUGUGGCAACAGGUAAAUUAUACAAAAGUAUUUAUUUAGCCGCAGUAUGACUAAUGUUAUUGUGUUUGAUUACAUAGUCAAAUGUAAUGUAAUGCCUCUAACAGCAUCUGGCUUAUUAAUUGCCUUUAGUAGUCACUGUUACAUGACUACUGAAAUAACUACAUACACUAAUCUCCAUACACAUCAACAGUACAACAGAGCGUGUUCAUGGUGUGGUGAUCAAAAACUCUUUGUGUUUAAUGAUGUAAAGUGCGAUGGUUCACCUGUUUACACCAAUUUGAUGACCUGCAUACAUUUACUCUGGAAAUCCUACCUACAUGUGAAUGACUGCAUAUUAAGAACACUGUCAAAUCCAAAGUUGCAACCAAUAUUGAUGACUGGGUCAUUAGCAGCUUCACUGUGAAGCAGGUUCAGUCAAGGGCCUUCUUUGUCAUUCUUUUAGUUCAACUUGUUAGUUCAACUAGUUAGUUCAACUAGUUAGUUCAACUGGUUAAACAGUUGAUUUCAGUGAGUUUAUAUAUUGUGUUUUGUAAUUAUUCAUGUUUUUUACAGGACUGAACUAAUUGGCCCGGGAUCCUUUUGCAGGCAAGUUGCAAGUUCGAAUAUACAGUAUCUGCAAAGCUUUAGCAAACUGCAGCUUCUCCCACAAGGGGGGGAGUUUCGUUUUUUUAGACUAAAACAUCUUUUGUAUGCUUCACUUGAAAGGCCUGUGUUUCUGUUUUAAUUGAAAUAUAAUAACGAACUAGUGUGUAUUGUAAAAUGCUACGGUAUCAAGAGCCUCAACUGUUGUUUACUGGCAACCAAUCGAACUUUCAUUUGACAGGUCUUAAAUAAUAAAUGUAAAUUCCACAUUAUUUCACAUUUAAUAAUCUACUUUCUUCACAUGUGAAGUGCAACCAAAUACAUUCAAGAAUACACUUUUAGAAACAAGAUGCCUUUUCUUUCUGUAAGUGAUUCUCAGCCGUUGUCUCUUGUAAUCUUCAACUUUUUUCAAGCAGACAUAACGUUUUCUUAUAUUUACACGUGUAGUGUGUCUUCUUGAAUAUUAACAAACUUUGUCUCUUAAUUUUUUUGUAUUGUGAUUAAAAUGCAAAAACCUUUCACAAUAAAUGUGUGGAUUAUA